GCAUGUGUACUGCUGCGAGCGCGCCGGUGGCUGCCCUUCCCCCACGUCCAGCUGCGAGUGGGUGACAAGGACCCCGGCCUCUGCGCGACUUCCUUGCCCCGUGCCGUGACCGGACCUGGCACGGUGCCACCCGUGGGAACUGCGCCCCUCCAGUUCUGCCUUCAUAGUUCUCUGCCUUUACCCCAAAACGCAGAAAAUGAACAAAUCCCAGGGAUCAGUUUCAUUCACGGAUGUGACCGUGGAUUUCACCCAGGAGGAGUGGGAGCAACUUGACCCCUCUCAAAGGAUCCUGUAUAUGGAUGUGAUGCUGGAAAACUACAGCAACUUACUAUCGGUUGAAGUGUGGAAGGCUGAUGACGAGAUGGAGGGGGACCACAAAAACCCAGAUGAGCCAGCGAGGCAAUUUAUAAUCUUCAAGAACCAGACACCAAUUGAGGAAAGAGGUACUCUUUCUGAACAGGCAUUUAACUUAGGUACAGACUUUGUUUCUUUAAGACAAGUGCCCUAUAAAUACGAUUUAUAUGAAAAGUCUUUGAAAUAUAAUUCAGACUUACUUGAUAGUAGAAGCUAUAUAAGAAAGCCAGCUGACGAGUGUAAUGGAUUUGGAAAAGCGCUCCUUUAUCUGAAGCAAGAAAAAAUCCAUGCUGGAGUGGAAUACUCUGAAUAUGGUAAGAGUGGAAAAGCCUUCAGCCAUAAAGAAGCCAUUUUUAAACAUCAGAAAAUUAGAAAUUUGGUACAGCCUUUUAUCUGUAAUUAUUGUGACAAGGCUUUCUCCUUUAAAUCUCUCCUUAUUAGUCAUAAGAGAAUACAUACUGGAGAAAAACCUUAUGAAUGUAAUGUAUGUAAGAAAACCUUCUCCCAUAAGGCAAACCUCAUUAAACAUCAGCGAAUUCAUACUGGGGAGAAGCCCUUUGAAUGUCUUGAAUGUGGAAAAGCGUUCACCCACCAGUCAAACCUCAUUGUACACCAGAGAGCACAUAUGGAGAAGAAGCCAUAUGGAUGCAGUGACUGUGGCAAGACAUUUGCACAGAAGUUUGAACUUACUACACACCAGAGAAUUCAUACAGGAGAGCGACCCUAUGAGUGUAAUGAAUGUGCUAAAACCUUCUUCAAAAAAUCAAACCUUAUUAUACAUCAGAAAAUUCACACAGGGGAGAAGCGCUAUGAGUGCAGUGAAUGUGGAAAAUCCUUUAUUCAGAACUCACAACUCAUCAUACACAUGAGAACUCAUACAGGAGAGAAACCUUAUGAAUGCACUGAAUGUGGCAAAACAUUCAGUCAGAGAUCAACUCUCAGAUUACACUUGCGAAUCCACACAGGAGAGAAACCCUAUGAGUGUUCUGAAUGUGGGAAGGCCUUCAGCAGGAAGUCCCGUCUCAGUGUCCAUCAAAGAGUUCAUAUGGUGGAGAAACCCUGAGGCUGGAGCCAGGUUGUACUGUGGAAAGCCCUUCCUGUGGGGAAGAGGCCUCGCGAAGGUGCUGACGGCCGUGAGAGUUCAUGCUGAGCACAGUCUGUCAACUCAAAAGGCAUGGAAGUUGAGUCUUCGAGGAAUAUCAACUGAAGGUUAGACAGGACACCUGCGUAAAGAACAUAUCAGAAAAUAACUGUAAAUAGACAGUGAGUGUGUUAAAAAUCUUAGGUAUUCAGGAGUGAAACAUUUGGGGCAAUAGCAUUGAGUGUGUGCAGGUGGUACCUGAGGAAUGAGUAACCACAUUUGUUGUGAUGCCACAAAACUUAAAUUAUAUUUUAGAUUUGCACGUGCAAAUGUAACAUGGUCACUGGGAGUCUGAAAUGCUCCCUUUGUGGUGAUUAGGACACAUUAAGCAGGAUUUCCAUAAUAUGCAUUAUCACAUUUUCUGGCACCUUUACAAUCCAUUGUGUAUCACAAAUGAAGUAGCUGACAGAUUUUUAAAGUAGCAUGGAACAUAUGUUUUUCCCUAAUGCUUGCUGGCGUAUAUAAGUUGGUAUGGCUGUUGUUAGUGAACUGCGUUUCAAUAAGUAGAAGACAGUUUUUUGAAGUUUUUACUGGUUCUUGAGCUUACUGAAGAUUUUUCUAGAAACACCACAUAAAUAUGCAAGUUUAAAUAGUUGUGAGGUUUUAGAGUGUAAGGAGGCCGCCGGGGUGGUAUUAUUCAGUGUGCAAUACAGAAUAAAAACAGGCUGUCUAGAGAGCACCCACCCAUCAUGCUCUUGUUUGUCAGUGGGGUAUUUACAUACAUGUGCAUGUCUUUUACCAAAAUAUUGUGUAAUUCAAAGUACUUGCAUUUUUGUGUGUGUUUCUUUGAAUAUUUUAUAAAUUGUCUUAAAAUGUAGGAUGCGUAUAUAGUUCCCAAUUGCUACUUUCAGGAGCUUUAAAGAAAAAAUAUUUUCAGAAACUCAGUAAAUAUCUGAUUGAAUUUUGAAAAAGCCCAUGUUUGUACCCUGCUUUAGAAAUAAUUUUUUUUGCAGCUUUUUUUUUUUUUUAAAAGAAGGCAAAUUUAUUAUCUAGAGCUUCACCAGCCCCAGUCAAAACAUUUCUCUUGGAACUAUUAUUUGAGUUACUGCUUUUCCGUUAAAAGUUUACUCUUUAUAACAGACUUUUCAGUGAUCCAUCCAUAUAGUGUUUAUAGAUUAACUGACAAAACAAAUUUUUACAUAAAGAUAGGCAGUUUGAAGCGUUAUCAAAUCCUCAAUUUCCACCUUUCCCUAUGCUUCACUAAUCAUACAUUAAAAUUAUGAAU